AGAGAGAGAGAGAGAGAAAUGAGGGAGGGUUAGGGGAGGUAGGAGAGUACUGAGCUGAGAGGAAUCUGUCAGAUUCAAACACACACGGCUCUCUUGCUGUCUUUGCGAUGAAGAGAAGGAGGGAUGGGAGGAGAGAUCUGAGGAAAAGAUAGAAAGAGACAACAGAGGCGCACAAAGUGAGGGUGCGAAAACCUGUUGAGACACAGGAUGUGGCCAAUCCGCCCAUGGAUCGGCAUUCCAUGGACACAACAAACCGGCCUGACGUCUUUGGCGAGUGUGUGUGGCCAAUCGACGCUGAUGCCGCUGUGCUGUAUGAGACAGUAGGUCAAUCAAGGCACUGAGGCUGGAAGGUUAAAGGAGAGGGAACUGGGACGUUAAAAGAAAACGCCAGGCUUGGGAGAGGUAGGAGAGAACAGACGAGCAUCAGGAGGGUGGCAAAGAUGAUGACCUCACACGGAAAACUGAGGAGGGAGAAGGGGAGUCUGGCCGAGUAUGACUCUCAGAUGAAAGACUUGCGGGCUCAACUGACGGACCAAAUUAAGAUUUUGGACUCCCAGAUAGAGGUUAAACAGCAGCAACUCUCGGAUCUCUCUGAGUUCCUCCGUCGACGCGGCGAUAUUGAGGCCGAAUAUGCUCGUGCCCUUGAUAAACUUACCGAGAGGUUCACGCACAAAACUAAGAAGAAGGAGCAGUGGGGUCAGUCGGUGUGUCAAGUCUGGUCCGUUUUGUUGACUCAGACCCGUUUGGAAAGUCGUGAGCACUCAACGUUGGGUGACAGCUGCUGCAACGCACUCACACAGCGGUUAGCGCACAGCACGGAGGACACACACCGGCUACACAAACGGAGCAAAGAGGUUGGAAUCCAGAUGCAAGAUGAGUUGCUUAAGGUCACCACUGAGCUGCAGACGGCCUUGAAGACAUACAACCAGUACCACACUGACUGCCUGAUAGCUGAGGGAAAACUGAAGGAGGCUGAGCGGUUGGAAGAGAGGCACACUGGCAAGUCAGCUGAGCUCGGCCUCGGCCUAUCAGGAGGGCAAAGGCGGAGCUCCGUCAAAAAGAUGGAGAGAUUAAUGGAGAAGAGGCAUGGCCGAGUGCAGGAGACCCAGCUCAAGUGUACUAAGGCCCGAAAUGACUACCUGCUCAAUCUUGCUGCAGCCAAUGCAGCCAUGAACAAGUACUACCUGCAGGAUGUCAGCACUCUCAUUGAUUGUUGCGACCUGGGUUUCCAUCAAUCCGUGGAGAGGGUAAUGACGUGCUACCUGGCUAGUAGGUGGCGCAUCCAAAAGACAGAGGAGGCAGGGCUGAAGCAGUUGGAGGCCGCCGUCACGUCGCUGGACCAGGGCGGAGACAGAGAUGCACUGCUCCAGCAGCAUGACUCAGCCUUCUGCCUUCCAUUUAGGUUUAACUACCACCCGCAUGAGGGCGACCAGGUGUGUGAGGUGAGUGCGGAGAGUCAGGUGAGGUACGAGAUGGAGACCAGAUUUCAACAGCUUCAGUCUCGACUAGCCGCUGUCACAUUGGAAACAGAGGAGGUCAGUAAAACUCUCAAAGCGACACUCACAGCCCUGCUGGACUCUAUGUGUGACAGCGACUGCAACCCCACCCCUGAUGUGCCCAGCAACCUAUUACAUGAGCCCCCCGGAGCAGGCUCCGUCCCAAAACUUACCCUCGCUAAGCGUCGAGCCAAUCAACAGGAGACAGAGACCUACUAUUUUAUAAAAGUGAAGGAGUUUCUCACCAGUAGUUCUCUGACUUUCAAACUUCAAGCCAAGCAUGAUCUACUACAAGAUGCAAUACAGAAAGCUGAGGCCGUCAACACAGACCCCUCCAGAGCUCAGUGUGCUCGUUCGGUGCGAGUUCGGAAGUCCAGACCCAUUUCCCAAUUUUGCCACACGCUCUUCAGCACAGAUAUACUGUCUUACAUAAAGAGCUCCGGCCAGCAGAUCCCUGUGGUGGUUGAAAGCUGCAUCCGCUUCAUAAACCUUCACGGUCUCCACCAUGAAGGAAUAUUCCGAGUUCCUGGGUCACAAAGAGAAGUUAAUCUGAUCAAGGAUGCAUUUGAGAGAGGAGAAGACCCUCUGUCUGAUAGUGAGUGUGACCUGGACUCUGUGGCCGGGGUAUUGAAGCUUUACUUCAGGGGCCUCGAGCCUCCCCUCUUCCCCUAUGAUAGCUACUUGCAGCUGCUGGAGUGUGUCCAAAUUGAAGAUAUGGCGGAAAAAGCAGCACAGAUCAGAGCAAUAGUCUCUGCCUUUCCACGACCUCUCCUCAUCGUAAUGCGAUACCUUUUCGCAUUCCUCAAUCACGUGACUCAGUACAGUGAUGAGAACAUGAUGCAGCCUUACAACCUGGCCGUCUGCUUCGGCCCAAGCCUGCUGAGAGGGGUUGAUUCGGAUGAUGCCGUUGCACGGCAGCCACAGGUCAAUGACCUUGUCAAAACCAUGAUACUCCAGCAUGAUGUCAUAUUCCCUGGCCAAUCAGAGUUGCCAGGUGCUAUCUAUGAGAAGCACAUGACUCUGGAGCAGGAAUAUUGUGCACCAGUCCCUCCUGCAGUCAAACAAGCAAAUCCCAAGUCACUGCAGGAAAAUAUCAAGCAAGUCGAGUCGACACUAAAUUUGAGUGAACCAAUCACAGAGGAGGGAGAUGGAGAGGCUGAACAUCUGCCCAGUGAGGACGAUUCGGAAGCUGUGGCAAUGUUCGACUACGCGGCGAGAUCACCGGCAGAGCUGUCCUUCAAGCAGGGAGAGCUUCUUAUUCUUCACAGCAAGGUCUCUUCUGAUUGGUGGAGGGGUGAAGCAGGAGGGGUCAAAGGUCUCAUCCCACACAAGUACAUCAACGUCCUGGAAGGGUCAGAGAGAGGAAAAAGAGAUGAAGGAGGAGGAGGUGGCGGCAGCACUGGAAAUCUGUCGGCAGAUGAUCCUCAUACAGAGAACACCGUUCGGAUGCGGGUGAACAGCGAUGGCGCUUCGUUGCCUGGGCGACAAAGAGGAAGCGAUGGAAGCCCUGGUCGAAAGCCACCAACCUCCCCGGCUGCACGCCACCUGCCAGUGUCUCAGGAGCGAAGACACACGCUGGACACUGUAAGACAGGCAGGGUUCAAACCUGCGGACAGACCCGCAUUUGUUCAGGCAGACAGGACGACGGCUGACAAGGAGAUGAUCAGUCGCCAGAUGAACUCUGUGUUCAAGGAGCUCCUGUCUCGACAGCCGCCCAUGCAGCCGCCAACCCUCCCAGCCACGGCGACCCCUGCUCCCCCUUCUUCUUCCGCCUCCACCUCCUCCCCUUCCUCUCCCCUCCCUCAAGCUGCCCCCACUGCCAAAAAAGUGGGCUUUGGUAUCCGAGGACGGGCCCUUUUCCGGCCUGUGGACUGACAUACCCUAAAACUGGAUGGAUGAUUGAAAGUAUAGAUUUCAAGCUUGAGGAUGAAUAUACUGUCAUGCAUUCUGGGAAAUUUUUGAUUUAUUUUUAGGAUGUAUGAAUAUAUUUAAGUCUGUGCCAUCUCAUAGUGCCACAUGGCGCUGUAUUGCAGUAUGUCUUGUGUGUUUCUUCAAAUGUUUUUGGUCUUCUUCUUCUUUUCCCCCAAAUGUGCAAGUCUGGUUUUGGUCUCCUGUUUUUGAGAAUCAGGGAUGUGUUCUGUCUGGUGUGAAGGAAUAUUAGGGCCACACUGAAAAGGAAAACAAAAAAGUAUAAUGUCUUGUAAAAAUCAAGCUUGAAAUGUUAUCAGGAAAAAAGUAAUUGCAGGAGUAAAGUCUGGAUAUUUGUAAUAUUACAACUUUAUUCAUACAAAAUUAAAACAACUUUUUCCUCAUACAAUGAAAAGAACCCAACUUUAUUCUUGUAAAAAUGCUAAGCUUUUUUCUCAUAUAACAACUUUAUGAGUUUGUCUUUAUAAUAUCGAUUUCUCAUAAAUCUUCAUGAAUCUUUACUCUCAAGAUAUUCUCUCUUUACUCUCGCAACUUUAGUCUGGUAAAUCUAUGACUUCAUUCUCGCUGCAGUAUUUUUUUCCCCUUUAUAGUAUGGCCCUAAUACUUCGUCAUAGUUAUUCUGUGAUAUGAGAAUAAAUUGGUUGACAUGCUUAAUGUCAGCAAAAGACUGUCCCCUAGUGGCUGGUUAUGAAAAAUCAAAUGCUGACCAAUAUAGAAGAAGGAAAAAAGACAGCCAAUACGAGGCCUGUGUCAAGGAGUGCCUCUGUGUUAUUUUUACGCUUUCAAUUUUCUCUUAAUUUCAAGUCUUUUUACAAUAUGUGACCUGAAAAGAUGUUUGCAUUGCUGUUUACAGUUGUGUCAAUUAAUGAAGGAGCAUGCAGUGAUCUGACAAACUCAUGUUGGGAAAAAAACGACAACAUUCCAUUUCAUAUGUGAUACAUGGCCGACAAGGCAAAACUCAGGGCUUUGCAGAGUUAAGAUGGGCUGACUCAGGUUUGCCUUUGAAAGAAUUAAGUGGCUUUUCGUGGCUUCUUUCAAGCUGUGCAUGAGCCAAAAAUGCCCUCAUGUCAGGGGAGAACUCGUGACUUCUGGCUUUAACUGUGAAUAUGACAACAAAGUUUGGGAAUCUCACUCUAACUACACUCACACACACUGAAAAAUAAAUAAAUAAAUACAUCAAUCAAUAAAUCACAUAUAUAUAUAUAUAUAUAUAUAAUGUGUGUGUGUGUGUGUGUGUGUGUGUGUGUGUGUGUAUUGGCAUCCACAGAAGAUCAAGAGGUGUAUGAUGUUAUCUACUUUGAUUCCAAACACUUGAGAUGGUUUGACAUGUAUCGCGUCUCUCUUCUGUUACGUUUUAGUAGAAACAUAAAUGUGAUAGUUUCCUUGUUUUACAAAAUUAAAGCACCCUUUAUUCAAAAUCACUUUGAUAAUGUCACUAGAUUUAAAGUGUAAAAUUAAAGUAUAUGUGUGGGGAAAGAAACUAUGAUGACAAUAAAAGAUAGAGUGAUGA